GAACACCCGUAGCAAUCAUGCAUUAUGGGAUACAACCCCUUUGAUCCUAUCGCUGGAGCAAAAGUCAAUGUGUUAUGCGUACCGGCUGGUCAGAUCACACCGGACCGCUUUCAAAGAUUCGUCAAGCUACUACAGCGUUCUACGGUAGUCGAGCUCGAACACGUCGAGCCCUCGGGGUCGGCUCAAGUCCGCAAGGAGGGUCGCAUCUUCUACGAUGUCUCCGCUUACCAGGAUGCGCGACGGCCACUUCUUUACCCCUUCGAGAUCAACAGCCAAUGUCAAGUCCUGGUAGGUCUGAUCGAUGGUGAAAGGAUUGCAAGGGCAUCACAGACAGAUUCUAGAAGCGGAUCCCCUCAGCAGGACUUGGCUACUGAUGUCCAGUCGAUCAAGGAUGCGUUUACGCAACAAGCUGUCUCAGCGCCCGGUCUGCUUGUUCGCCAACUCGUCUGGUGUGGCAGGCAGGCCUCGGCUGCUAUGGACGCUGGCAUACUCUCCAUGCCAGAUGAUGACAGCGAUAGCGAAGAUAUCGCUGUCAAUGUCAUGCUCAAACUGUCAAGACAGUUCUUGGGGCGAGUCACAGAAGCUAUUGAUGAGCUGAGGGACCAGCCAAUCAGCAUGGUACCUGGCAUGGUGCCGGGUGGUGGUGGCUCAUCGCUUUCACCGAGGGGUGGGCGUACACCGGUUCCGGCCGAUGAGAGUAACACUCCUUCUUCGACACGAUCACCAUUUUCAACACCAGUCUUACGGGAUGGUGAUGCACCGAGCGAUACGUCCCGAGGCCGUUUCAAUAUCAUCCAGGGCAUGUUCCGGCUACAGAGCGGGUUGUGGAGCCACGCUGUGGACUGUCUUUCGGAAGGAGCUUCCAUGGCACAGAAUGGCCACGAUCAUCUGUGGCAUGGAAAGGCUCUCGAGAGCCUGCUUGUAUGUAUGAUCCUAUUGUCCUGGGCAGACUCCGACUUUACCAUACCUCAAGUCUGUCGCAGUCUUCCAAACAGAACCGGCUAUUUUCAGGCAGACUCCACCCCCAAGUCAGCAGACUCAGGCAAGGCUCUUGCUCAGUUGAUGCCGCCAAUGGUUGAGACCAUCCUUGAACUCUACGCAAAAGUCUCGAAUCUAGAUCUAGGUGGGUCCCUACAGGAUGUCUUGAGAGAGUCCCGGAUCAGGCUUGUGAAUCUGUUGGUGUGUGUCAAACGAAAUGGAACCAUCCUAAACAAGCAAUGUCUUGACCAGAUUGUGGUCGGACAGAUUGAUGUUCCAGAAUUAAAAGAAUCUCCAGGCGAACCCGUUGCGACCUCCAAGGCUGGCCUGGCGAACAUACUGAUCGAGACGCUACAAGCGGCUCAGUCAAGUAACAACAUAUGGCAUUACACUAGUAUUCUUGUGGCAGUCUCGAGCAGCCUAUCUACCUUGGGCCUAGAUCGCAAGCAUGCGUUCUAUCUCAAGAUGUUAUUGCAACAGCUUGUGCCGAAACUGAUCGAGGCGAGGAAGAUCGGAGCUUCUGAGGUCGGCGUGCACCCUGCAGCGGGACUCCCGCCUGUUAGUAACGCUGUCCAGGGAAUAAUUCCCGACAUGGCCUUAGGUACAAGACUCGCCCUGAACCUUGCUGCCGCUGCCUAUGGUCUGCCACUUGCUCCAGUCCCUACUCCGCUGGAAGUCGUCCCCGCAAAUAUGGAUGAGAUACAAGAGAAGCUCCGGAUAUGGGCCACUGAACACGGUUUUGGAGACGUCUUGUUAAAGUUGGAAAUGCUGCGAACCUGCGUCACUGUCUGCGAGGCUUUGCCAGAUAUUCCGGCAGGCUUGCACUUUACAUCCAACAUCCUCCGUACUGCAAAGCAAAUGGUUACCAUGCCGACACAGCGGCCUUGCACAGCUGUCCCACUCAUCACUGCUGACGAGCAAGCGCGCUUUUUGGACAGCAUGAAGCGGGCUGUUGCAGCCGCGUCGCGAUUGGGUGUACAUGGCUACCGUGCGGAGUACUGGGACGACUUCUUGGUCCGGGAGAUUCAAGUCUUUGAAGGCGACACUUUCGUCAAACUGAUUCCUCACAAGCCCAGUGAUCUCUCCAUCAAAGGCAGCAGCGUUGUCGAGACAGUACGGGAUCCUUUUAUCUACAAUCCCUUCUCAAAGGACAAAUCCGCGACGGCGGCUCCUGUUUUAGUAGCUGAAGAAUUGGCUACUUUUGCAGUUGUCCUGCAGAAUCCACUGGAGGUGGACAUAGAGGUAGACCAGAUACAGCUCAUCACCACCGGCAGCAGAUUUGUAGCGUCGCAGCACAGCAUCGUCUUGGGCCCAUUUUCGACGCAGAUGUUUACUCUGACUGGCAAACCUUCAGGAAGUGGUGACCUGGAAAUCACCGGUUGUCGAGCGAGUAUUCGCAACUGCUACGUGCAGGACUUCCUCUUGUUCCGUGACGAGUGGAAACUGCCAUCCUCUUCAAAACAGAACGCCGUGGGCAAACUCAAAGCAAGAAGGAACCAAACCGCAAGACCUGAGGAAGACGGCACGGGAGGCAACACCUUCCAAUGUCCAGUGCCAGUCCCAGCUCGGUUGAAGCUCAAAGUCAUUAGCCCUCAGCCACGCUUGGUCUUCAGAUCGACGGAUCAGGGGACUGCGGCUAUGAUGCUGCUCGAAGGCGAACGCCGGAUCUUUGAGCUGAACUUGGUAAAUGAAAGUGGUGGCGUUGCCGCCGACUUUGUGCUCGUCACAACAGAUGAUUCUGUUACCUCUAGGCUGCAAGAUGCGCUAUCAAACAAAGACCUCAAUCCGGCCGAGCUGCACGAGCUUCAAAAUCAGCUGGCAACCAAUCCAGCCGUCUCUGUCGAGAGCAAAGGACAGACGAAUUCGGACAAGAUGUUAAGUCCAGGUCAGAGCAUUGGAUACCAAAUUGCGAUUGUUGGCUGCCCCGGUCUUGUCAGCGCUACUGUUCAAGCCGAUUUUGCAUAUCUUGGGUCGUCUACAGCAGAGGUCAAAGGCACCUUCUACACACGACAAGUGCGAUUUCCUAUCUCAGUGACUGUUAACGGAAGUGUCGAAAUUCUACGGUGCAAUGUUUUGCCUAUUCAUAACGACUUUGCAUGGAAGCCUGAAAUCCGACAGAAUGGGCAUCUUCACAACGGAGACAAGGUCGAUGAACUUCACAGCACAGACAUAUCACAGUUAUCGCACUGGCUCAAAUCUCGACCAGAUGCACAGGAUUACUGCUUGCUAUCUCUGGACCUUCGGAAUGUCUGGCCGCAACCUCUCAGUGUCGACAUCCAAGCUCGAAAGCCGGACUCUGAAAUCGAAUCUGCCGAAGACUUGUGGGGCAAUGCUUUCUCAGUCCAGGAGACUCUGCAGCCAGGUCAUGUCACCCGGGUGAUUCUGCUCAUACCUCGCCUCUUCAUCCAGGACCCUUAUGCUCCUAUUCCAACCCUCGACACCCAGAAACAGUUUGUUCUAACGACCCCCAAGCUCAGCGCUGAAGCUGAAGCAGCCGGUCGAGAGGCGUUCUGGUAUCGUGAGCAACUGUUGAAAUGCUUACGAGGCACGUGGAAGGAAGAGACGUCAGGCCGACAUGGAAAUGUCGAUCUUAGGAAGGCCAUCAGGCUGAGCCCUAGGAUGGUAGACACGCUGAAGUUGGACCACGUGGAUAUUGAGUACAACCUCGUCCCGGCUGAAGACCACACUCCCGAAAGUGGUGAGGCGGAGCCUGUGCAGCAGGUCGGCCGCUCUCAUUUCACCAUGAAGCCUGAGCUUUUUGCCACAUUGUCGGUCAAAAUCCACAACCGCACACAAGAUACCCUGAAGCUACUUCUUCGACUUCAGCCCGCUCUUCGACAUCAGCCUCACACUAUAGCCUUGGACCUGUCGAGGCGAUUUGCAUGGACCGGCGUCCUGCAGCGUGCGUUGCAUCCCGCAGUUGAUCCCGGCGGCGUUUGCAUCGCGGAGUUGGGCAUCAUUGCACUGGCGCAAGGGGAUUACGAGGUCAAUGCCUCGGUCGAGGAGGUGAAAGGCCGCCGAAGUCACGCUAGUGCGAAGACUGCAGACGCGGUUGGCUCCGGGAGUGAAAGGCGAAUUUGGCAUGCCAGGUCGGCAUGUCUGAUUGAUGCUGUUGAUAGGUAGCGCUACGAGCAGACUGCGUAGACUGCUAUAUCAGAGCACCGAUAGAACGAGGUCAAUGACCUGUAGAAAGACUUCUCGAUCUAAUUCGACUUUGGCGAGACCGAGUCCAAGCAUGAGAGACCGGCUCUCUUCGGGCGAUUUCGUGACAAUGGCAUUGGCGAUCUGAGACGCGUAGAGUUGGCCCAUGGCUUCACGGUCAGAGCCACCGGCGCCAAGCAGGAUUCGUGGUGAGAAGCGAGCUGAUGGUAACAGGUUGUCUUCAUCGGAGCGAGCAGUCUGGAAGUAUGGGUCUGAAUGGGUCGGGUUGUCGCUUAGUAAUGGGACGGUGACCUAGAGAAUACAUUUGAGUCGAGUCACAAUGCUGAUGUUGUUUUG